GCUUUGGGGGCAACGUCCCCAAUGGAAAAAUCUGCGUGUCGUAAUUUGCAAGGGCUGUCAUUCUGAGGGCCGUCUGAAAUAACCGAGAGGAGGCGGCGCCCUGGGGCACCGGGGUUGGCUGAGCUGCUCGGGUGUCUGUCCCGUGGUCUCAAAAAGUUACAACGGUACGUGCAUGAUGAGCACACGCGAGGAGAACGGACCGGGUGGCGCAGCUAGAGAGUCAGCCGUGCACUACGGAAGCACCAUGGCAGGCGUUGUCGUCCAGGACUCCGCAGAGUUAAGCGAGACGGCAGCGCUGGGCUGCAUAUCGUUUCCGAAGGGAGCCCGGCUACAUCGGAACCUUCUGGGUGCCCCUCUUUUCGUCGCCGUCUGUCUCCUCGUCUACCUUCUCCUGCGGAGACACCUGACCGAUUGCCUGUUGUGGCUGGAGAGGUUGGACAGCACUGCGGGAGGUCUGUUACUGGUCGCAGGUUUUACGGUGGUCUCCUUCCCCUGGAGUUGGGGUUACACGCCGCUAACGGUGGCCGCCGGUUACCUCUUUGGUUUCCUACGGGGGCUGGCGCUGGUGAUGCUGGGAGUGGUCAUCGGUACUUGGGUGGCGCACGUCGCGUCCAAGCGCUACCUGCGAAGCUGCGUGGGGGCUGCGGUGCAAGGCAGUGCGCGCCUGCGUCCCAUCGUGCGCGUCCUGGAAGGCAGCGGCGGGCUGAAAGUGGUGUUUUUGGCGCGACUGACCCCCAUUCCCUUCGGGCUGCAGAACGCCGUGUUUGCGAUCAGCAAACUGGACACUCAGAGUUAUCUAACUGCCUCUUCUGCUGGAUUGCUGCCCACACAGAUCCUCAACUCCUAUGUGGGCACCACACUGCGGACCAUGGAGGAUGUGACCAAUCACCAGGGCCUGGAAGGAUACCUUACUUUAGCAUUGCAGAUCUGCAUCAGCAUCUUUGUCAUGUUCUUCAUGGUACGGCAUGCACAGAAGGAGCUUGAGAACUCAAUUCAGGAUUUUGAGGACAUUCACAAUGGUGAGCAGCAGAAAGAGAGCAACCAGCCAAGUUUGGAACCAGUUUGAUGAAGACCACCAUGAGAACCUUUUAAGUAAAAUUAGAAUGGCUAUUGUGUAAUGCAGUUCCUGUUCCAGCCUGCCUGCCUGAACAAGUUGGAUAUCAAAUGGUGCAGAUGGGUGCAGCACAGUACCCGACUAGUGUCCUUCUGA